AUGCUACAUUGUCGUUAACGUCGGUGCCGAAUAUGAGGCAUCUCCCACGUUCCACGAAAACGCGAUUAUUCAACGCGGCUCAGCGAGGGGGCCAUGUUUUGGCAUGCACAAGGCUGGGCCGUCCUGGCCUGGCUGAUGCUGGCCACUUUUCCAGCUGGAUCAAGCGAAUCCGAUACACCGAUCCCAUCUGCGAACCAGCCGCCUUCGACAUGUCACGCCCGGCACAUUAAUUACGUGACCGACACCUUGCUUGAUCAGUGUUAUAGGGUUCGUUGGGAACAAGCUGAUUCAAUCUUACCCAAAGAUGGCGAUCAAACGGCAGAACACAUAGCACACGACCUCUCGUUCCUGGAUACAAGAUCAGUGGAUCGCAAGGAGAAUGACGACCAGACUCCUACUGCCUCAGUUGAGCCCACAAACACUGUGGAUGCCCAUACGGAAGCCACAACAUUUAUGUCUUUCGAAGACUGGAAGGAUCUCAAGGCACGUGAAGCUGCACGUGAAACUCAUGAUACCAACCUGGACUCUGAGAAGGCUCUGCCACCCCCUCAAGGACAUGAUUCCAGAGAAGAAAGUGAUAUAGCACUUAAGGUUGAAGCAGUAUCAGAAGAGCUCAGCAGUAUUGCAGCGCCAUCGCGGCAAUCGCUUGCUGGCGCGGGCGACAAUGAGCAACCAUCGGAACCUGUUCUAUAUGACGAUGGCAAGGCACAGUAUUACCGCAGUAAGGAUGCAGGGAAGACAUGCAAGGAACGAUUUUCAUACUCAUCAUUCGAUGCUGGCGCUACUGUCCUCAAGACUAUUGCCGGAGCGAAGAACGCGAAGGCGAUAUUGGUCGAGAAUAAGGACUCCUACAUGCUACUCGAAUGCGCCGCGGUCAACAAAUUUGCCAUCGUCGAGCUCACAGACGACAUUCUCAUUGAUACUGUGGUACUUGCAAACUUCGAAUUCUUCUCCAGUAUGAUCCGUCACUUCAAGGUCAGCGUCAGCGACCGGUAUCCCGUGAAAGUUGACAAAUGGAAGGACUUGGGCAUAUUUGAGGCCAAGAACUCCAGAGAUAUCCAGCCUUUCCUCGUCGAGAACCCUUUAAUCUGGGCUAAAUACGUUCGCAUCGAAUUUCUUACUCACUACGGGAAUGAGUAUUACUGCCCCGUAUCUCUACUCCGAGUUCACGGCACCCGCAUGCUCGACUCCUGGAAAGAUACCGAGGCACCCCCCGAUGAAGACGACACUGAAGAAGAACAUGUGGACGCAGUCCCGGACCUCACGCAAGACGCGGACAUUGAUCAGGCACCCGUCCCAACACCUGGCAAUAAUGAGGCAGAUGAAGUCACUCUAAUGACACCAAGGCCGACGUCAGUACCACACAUUUCGUCUCAGAAUGCAUCACGCAUCACUUCGGGGUCCCCAAAAAGACCAUCGCCGGUUGCACAAGCGCCGGCGCGCUCCAAGAACGGCACUUCCACCUCAGCCCCGCCAGCUUCACCAACGGUCCAAGAGAGCUUCCACAAGGCGGUAAGCAAACGCUUGCAGUUGCUAGAGUCAAAUGUCACGCUAUCUCUCGAGUACUUGGAGGAGCAGUCACGCUUUCUACAGCAAUCUCAGCGGGCCUCAGAACGCAGACAACUAGCCAAGGUCGACUUGCUACUAGACAGCCUCAACCACACAGUCUUAUCCGAGCUCCGUCAUGUUCGCCAACAAUACGAUCAGAUUUGGCAGUCCACCAUCAUGGCCUUAGAGAACCAGCGGGACCAAUCGCAAAGGGAGCUCGUCGCGCUAGGCUCGCGACUGAAUGUCCUUGCUGACGAAGUGGUCUUCCAGAAGAGGAUGGCCAUCCUACAGGCGAUACUGCUACUAUCGUGCUUGGUAAUGGUAAUCUUCUCGCGAGCGACAGUCUCGAUUUCACCAAACCAGAUGGACAUGUCAUUCCGUUCAAGCCGGCAAUAUCAAUAUAGGCUCCCCCGAGCCCUGCAUUCCUCUGGGUUGGGUCGAUCACAUAACAGCCAUCUUUCCACCUCAAUUGUGGAAUAUGACCAUGAGGGCGAUACCCAGCAACAAGGCCAAAUCUACGGCACGGAUCCCUUCGUCCGAGUCCAUCAGCACAGCCACAAAGGCAGCCUUCCUGAUGCACGGCGUACAUCAGGGCCUCGGCCAGGCUGUGCUCGACUUGCUACCUCACCCAUUUCUCCCAGCGAGGAUGACUCCUGGGUCACUCGCCAAAGCGAGGAUGUUCCCAUUUCUCCUAGCACAUCGGCGACGCCACCUACAACAAGUGAUCGCCACAUUGGCCGAUCGUUCAAUCCACAUUCUUCCGAACAAGUUCUGACUCCGACAUCUUCAGACGCACAGGACUCUCAAUCCGACGGAAUUGGCUCGGACCCAUCGAGCGAAGAUGGCUCCCGAAUACCACCCAGCCCCUUGGAUAGGUUGGCAAACACGCACGAUCUGGGUGCUGGUUUUCGCAAACCGCUUCCUGCACUUCCUGAACAUCUCCCCUCGUGA